GUUUAAAUUCACGCGCGCAACAAUUAUUAUCCAGUACAGUUGCCGAUUUUCGAUGCAUGCAAUGAAGACAGUUGCUUUAAUUAGUGGUGGCAAGGACAGUUGCUACAAUAUGAUACAGUGCAUCUCUGAGGGCCACACCAUCACUGCACUAGCAAAUCUCAAACCAAAAGAUACAGAUGAACUGGACAGCUUCAUGUAUCAGUCAGUGGGUCACCAUGCCAUAGAUCUGUAUGCCGAGGCAAUGGGUCUGCCACUCUAUCGCCGAGAGAUACAGGGCACAUCUAAAUCAACAGACAGAGAUUACCAGCCGACACAUGAUGAUGAGGUGGAAGAUUUAUAUGAGCUUUUGAAAACUGUGAAGGAAGAAAUGCAGAUUGAAGCAGUAUCUGUGGGAGCCAUUCUGUCUAAUUACCAGCGUGUUAGAGUGGAAAAUGUAUGUCAGCGACUUAGUUUAGUUCCACUGGCCUAUCUGUGGAGACGUGAUCAAGCAGAGCUGUUGGACAAGAUGAUAGAGAAUAAAGUAGUUGCCAUCGUAAUAAAGGUGGCUGCUAUGGGAUUACAGCCAAAACAACAUUUGGGUAAAACUUUGUCAGAGAUGAAGGAACAUCUGCAUAAGAAGAAUGCUGAGUUUGAGUUGAAUGUUUGUGGAGAGGGUGGGGAGUAUGAGACCUUCACACUGGAUUGUCCAAUCUUCAAGAAGAAAAUUGUUUUAGAUGAGACAGAGUUGGUUAUCCAUUCACAAGAUGCAUUUGCUCCAGUUGGUUACCUCAAUCUGCAUAAAGCUCAUUUAGAGGACAAACAUUUGGAUUCCAGUUUUAGUCAAGAGGACAUGAUAAAGGACCUGCCUAUAAAACACAGUAGAUUUUUACCGGAUGAGUUGUUUCCAGACAGAUCACAACUGAGAUGUAUUCAGUGUGAAAUUCUACAACACUCAAAGACCUCAGAUACAGUAGCAGGUAUAAGAAAAGCUGAGGUGUUUAGAAUAAAGAAUGCGCAUUCUGACUCGAGCCAUGUCUGGGUCACCAACCUUAUGGCCUUGCAGCGGGAUAGUGAAGAUGUUGUUGAACUUGCUAGACGUACCAUGGACAAUCUGAAAGAACUGAUUGAACCUUUGGACAUGUCAGAUUUGGUAUUGGUUCACUUGUAUGUGAAAAAUAUGGCCGACUUUGCUGCUGUCAAUUCUGUGUAUAAAACUUACUUCGGAUUAAAUCCUGCCGCCAGGGUUUGUGUUGAGGCAGAUUUACCUGACAAUGUAGCUAUGAUGUUAGAUUGUUAUGGAAACAGUUGCCAUAGUAACAGGGAAACCAUGCAUGUACAAGGACUCUCACAUUGGGCACCAGCUAAUAUAGGACCUUACAGUCAGUGUGUCAAGAUUGACAACAUGUGUUAUGUAGCGGGUCAGAUAGGUAUGGUACCAGCUAACUUGGCCCUUGUAGAAGGUGGUAUACAUGCCCAGGCAAGACUGAGCUUGCAGCAUGUGAACAGUGUACUCGCAGCAAUGUGCGCUGGAUGCUCAUUGGAUAAUGUAACUACGUGCAUUUGCUAUGUAACACAUCCUGACUAUAUUCCCAUAGCUGAAGAGGAGCUUGAAAGGAUUGUAAAUGACCACACCUUUGUGCCAGUAUAUGUAGUAGUUCCACAGUUACCAAAGGGAGCUCUGAUAGAAUGGCAAGUUGUUGCUAGAACAGAGUUAUCGAAACCUAUCCAAGUGAAAAGGAAUACAAAGUGUUCUGGAUCCAAUUACACAGCAAAGGCCAGAAUGAUACUGUCAUCAGAGGGAACCCCACUGUCAUUAGCUUUAUAUGUAUAUAAAGAUGAAAAUGUUGAUGUAGCAGACAUUAACCUUGAUGCAGUUAUAGAACUGCUAGAAGAUACCAGAGUGAAUAUUGAAGAUAACCCCAGUGAAAACCCUGAUCCAGAAAAUAAAUUAUCUAUAAUGAGGAUAUUCUAUCUGGCUCAUGUCUUCAGGUUUGAUGAAUUAUAUAAAGGUUUACAGGAGAGAUAUAGGAAUACUCCAGUAGCUUUGGUUCCUGUGUCGCAACUAGAGACUGCUAAUACAAUACUUACACUGUGUCAGACAUUCAGCUAGAGACUGCUAAUACAGUACUUACACUGUGUCAGACAUUCAGCUAGAGACUGCUAAUACAAUACUUACUCUGUGUCAGACAUUCAGCUAGAGACUGCUAAUACAGUACUUACACCAUGUCAGACAUUCAGCUACAGACUGCUAAUACAGUACUUACACCAUGUCAGACAUUCAGCUAGAAACUGCUAAUACAAUACUACACCAUGUCAGACAUUCAGCUAGAGACUGCUAAUACAAUACUUACACCGUGUCAGACAUUCAGCUAGAGACUGCCAGUGUGAUGCUUGCACUAUUCCAAGGACAAAAUGAUACCUGCUCCAUGUCAGAUAUUCAAUGGUUGACUGCCAUUAUGGUUCUUGCUCCAUUCCAGACAUUCAACAUUAAACAAAAACCAGUGCUUGUACCAUGUCAGACAUUCAACAUUAAAAAAAAACAGUGCUUGUACCAUGUCAGGACAUUCAACCAGCCAACAAUACAGUUACUGCACCAUACCAAACUUUUAACCAAUCAACAGUCAUGCUAGUACCAUGUCAGACUUUCAACCAGCCAACAGUGUGAUGCUUGCAUCGUAAUAUGACACUAGCAAAUUUAAAGUUACAGUCAAUAGGUGAAGAAGAUACUGGUUAUUGUACAUAAUCAGGUCAUUGAGAGUCCGGUGUAAGUUAGGUUGUCUCUUCACAGGAAAAUGGAUGAAUAAAAGUAGGUGAUAGUUGUUGCAGUUUCUUUCUGCAGGUAUUGGAAAUGUGGAAAUUACAAGAUGAAUGUGGUUCUGUAGGGAGUUUAGAUAAGUUUUAGCAUUAACUUUUGUUCUAGUUUUAAGUAGCCAGUACAGUUAAACCUGUAUAUAAAGAACAAUUGGGAAGAGUUAAAAAAUGGUGUUUAUUUAUAUGUGGUCUUUAUUCAUGGAUUAAAAUGUGCAAGAAAUUUAUUAAUUUGGAAUGAAACAAGUGAUGUUUAGAGUCAGUUGGUCUCUGUUCACAGGUUGUUUAGUACAGGUUUAAUUGGUUGUUGAUCAUGUUAGCACUGUAAAAUCUGAUGUUUUCACUAGGCUAAGAAUGCUAUUUUUAGCUCAGUUUUUCAAAUACAGCUUUUAUUAUCACCCUUCAGGCCUUUUUAGAGGUGGUCAGUUGCAAAUUUUAUUUAUGGUAAAUUGUUAAAAUUAUGGUGAAAAGUAUCAACAAAUCACGUUAAUUUGGGAA